CAAAACAAUUCACAGCUGGUCUUGACCAAAUAUAUCUGGUGGUAGUAGCUAUGAUUAAUUGCCGUUAUUGUAAUGUUUAUUAAUCUAAUUUUUCACGUGUCACUUCGCAGUGAGUCUCACUGCUGGUGUAUGCAGUCCUUGCAAUAAUAGUCCUACAAUGUCUCUAACCCCGUUGCCCGUAGCUUGGUGGUGGAGAUACAUGGUCGGUGUAUAGAAGAAACCUUUGACCAUCUAAGUACGUUCAGAAAGGGUGAAGGGUCAGAAAAACAGCCAGCAGUUCCAGUCUUUCAGAUUUGUCAAGUGAAAGUAUAUUCAUUAUUCAUUAUAACAAGUCGUCCAUCUGACCUUCUUCCACUUUUGUUUGGUCCUCAUUUGUCCCCUCUAAAAAAUUACUAAUUCCACCUACUGAAAACACGCACUUAUAAUACUAACAUGCAGUUCUUAAUUUGUAAAAUGGGAGGUCUCAGAAUGUAGAAUGGGUCACGUUUCUGUUCCAGCCAAUAAAGUGCAGAGAAAAGUCAGCAAUGGAGGCAAAGAGUCUUCUGCCUCACCUCAACGGCUCGUACGUGAACUGAAAGUCGACGCCGAGCUAGAGCCAGUAGUAGGUAAAGAACGGCGUUUUCUAUGCACCUGCGGAUCAAAAUCACUAUGAAUUGUAUUUCAAGACGGAAAUAUUUCUCAAAACUGGACUUCCGGUCCAAACCGAAGAUGAUAAGGGAUGGAAGACCCACGCCGGAGUUAAAUUGUUUGCGUCAAACUACGGGACAGAAGUGACGUUAUUUUUAAACAUACCGGUACAAACAAAAACACUGGCUGUGUGGCUGUCCUGAAAGAAACUGCCUUUACGGCUUUCCUUGCUUUUUAUUUUCAUAAUGUAAUAACGUCUGGACAAACUCGGGAUACUGGGACCUAAAAAAAAAAAAUUGCAAAGAAGCCUCAGCGGACAUGAAAGAUAAUUGGCUGAACAACGGAGACUAAACGUGGUGAGGGAAAACCGAGCGAUACAACAAUGGACUUCACCCAUAAGUAAAGGAUUGCACCUCAUCCUAAUGGGACGUAACGCACAGAGGAAUUAUACAUAAUGUGGAAAACAGGGGAAAAAGAGGAGCGACGAAUGGAUCCGGACCCCAAGGAAACCGAAAUUAAAGUGGACAGAGCCUCUCUGAGCGUCAACCCUGUGACCGCUGCACUGCUGCUCUGCUGCUCUGCUGGGCCUGGAUGGAAACCAUUUUCAUCCUAUUGCUGAGUUAUUGAUGCUUCAACAUGUCAUCGUUACUGCAUUCAUUCUCAUAGCGGAGGCGCUUGACAAGACCUUUCUGAGGAACGUUCUCCCGUUCGUAAGGAGUCAUUUUCAAGCUGGAGAAGAAUGAAGGAUUCGACAUCUCUGAAGGACAAAUUUCUCUAAUCUGAAACCGAAGAUUAGAAAUGUCUCGUACUCUUCCCUGCGCACUUAAGUGUGACGUUGGUGUGUAACUGUGCGUCCGGAACAAAGAUUUAAUUUGGAACUACGAAGAAACACAGCUCUGUUGCAGCCAUGUCUUGGUGGAGGCACCAAUCACAGAUGGGGUAUCUACAUUUUCAUAAUGUGAAGGGCGGAAUCGUUGGACACAGAGGACUUGAGGGUCCCUUCAGGGCUACUCAGUUGGUUUGCUCUUUGAUAUGGCUGGGACUGCUGCUGCUGCAGGUGUCGGCUCAGAAACUGGAUGAAAAUGACCCGGUGGUCACCACCACCUACGGCAGGCUGCGAGGGGUCAAGAAGGAGCUCAACAAUGAGAUCCUGGGUCCCGUCGUGCAGUUUCUCGGUGUCCCGUAUGCCGCUCCGCCUACCGGCGAGCGCCGCUUUCAGCCACCGGAGCCGCCGACGUCGUGGUCCGACGUCCGCAACGCCACCCAAUUUGCCCCCGUGUGUCCUCAGAGCAUCAUGGAAGGGCGCCUCCCCGACGUGAUGCUGCCAGUGUGGUUCACCAACAGCAUUGAUGUUGUGUCCACGUACGUCCAGGACCAGAGUGAGGACUGCCUCUAUAUGAACAUUUAUGUCCCCACUGAGGAUGUCAAAAGAAUAUCCAAGGAAUGUGCCAGGAAACCAGGAAAGAAAAUAUGUAGACAAGGAGGUCCCCUUACAAAGAAACACACUGAUGAUUUAGGUGAUAGUGACCGCACGGACGACGAAGACAUUAGGGAGAGCGGAAGCCCAAAGCCGGUGAUGGUUUUCAUCCAUGGAGGCUCUUACAUGGAAGGAACUGGAAAUAUGUUUGACGGCAGCAUCCUGGCCAGCUAUGGGAACGUGAUUGUUAUCACUGUGAACUACCGACUCGGCGUCCUCGGUAAGUAAAACCCGCCUUUCGAGUUUGAAAACAAAAGUCACUGCUGGUCUUUACGUCUGGCUGCUUGUUGAUGACUCCAAUGUUUCUGUCUUUAGCUGCCAUGCUAAAAUCUGUUGUGUUGAUAUGGUUCACCGGUAGGCUGCGCCGGUUGAUGAGAGAUUAUUGCAAUGUGUCGUUGUUGAGCAAUACUUUAACUUUUAACACACGUUUUAACUGCAACUGUUUUAUCAGCUCUAUUGCGAGUUUACACGACGUGUGCGAGACUUUUAUUGAAACUCCUGCUACUGUUAUUUUAUUUAUUUAUUUAGUUAUCGGUCGCCUGUUAAGUUUCUCUUCUUCUGCCGUAUGGGAGCCUUCAAUUUCUACACUGUGUAUUUUUAAUUUUCGCCUCUUCUUCUCUGUGGUCUAUUUUCUUACUCUGGCGUCUGUUUGGAUACACCUGCCUUCCCCAGAGCUCAGGUAUUUCUGGUAGGCCUUGAAACCCAACGUUUUCAUCUUGAGUACUGUAUCAUAACAGUGGGUGGAUUGACCCAAAUGUUGAUAGUAUCGAUACAAACUCGGUAUCGGUAUCGGAUCGAUACUAGCCUGGAGAGAUCGAUUCUUUACUGUAAGUUCCGCUUUUGUUUGCAGUGCUGUGGUUUCGGUCGCUGGACUCGCCGCUCCUGUGUCAGCGCAGAGCAGGCAAUCUUUGCUCUUCCUCCCCCCUCUUGUGUUUAGAUGUUGAGUCGUCACGUGACAUAGACGCGCAAAGCAAACAAACGAGCAAGUUGCCGAUUCAGGUUCAUCAGCACACACUCAGUGAAAAUACAACAGAAGAAUGGCAGAGAGAGGAAGAGGAGCGCCGUGUGGCUGUGUUUUCAAGUUGAAAACGAGAGAUAAGCGAAAUGUAGGAUUUAUAAAAUGCUAGUCAGGUAUAGUGGAAGCACAACCAAUUUAUGUAAAUAUAUAAAAACAGCAUCCAAAAGAAAACAUGGAGCUACAAAAAACAUGAACAUGAAUUAAAAAGUCAUGGUCAUCAACAUUGGUUUUAUUUUAUUAAAAAAAAAAAUCGUAGCAACAAUAAAAUAAAAACAGAAUUCACAAAUCAAACAACAUCGCCCCUUUAAACCGCUUGCACUUCCAAAUGAAGGGCCAGUAAAUGAAUAAAUGGAGGCCACAUAAAUACCUACAAUGUCACUAUCCGUCCCUUUCAUUCAGAUAACCGAGUGUUGGAUUGACCACAUACCCAUCUGGACUCUGCUGCACCUGUUUGCUUACAGAUGCUGCUUUGCUGACGGAGCCUUUCGCACCGGCGCCAGGCAUUUUUCUCCUUACUUUAGUGUCGGGGUGUGUUAGAGUGAGUGCUGUGGAAGAAGCCGUUAGUGUCUUUAAAUAUGCAGAGUUGCUGACACAAAGCCGUAUUUAUUGUUUAAGGUCCUUGGAUACAAUGGAUUCGGCCGUGGGGCAUUAUAUACCAGGCUAUUGGCAGUGUCAGUGUGUGCUUUAGUAUGUGUGUGUGUGUUUAACGUUAAGGAGUUCCCCUUAGUACUGUAUGCACAGGAUGCAGCGUUUACGAAACACACGGCGAAUAAUGCAGUCCCAGUGUCAUUGUUAAGCGUGUUAUUACGUUGCCUCUGCAGCAGGGGGUUAGUGAGAAGCUCUGCGUCGGCUCCGUUAAAACCAUGUUUUAUUUAUGAAGAUUGUUGUUGUUUUUGUUGCGUGUUUAAUUAGAGAUAGAAAAAAAAGUGUUGUCCUAAUAAAAAAAAAAGAAGUUUAUUACAUUCUCAGAGAACCUUGAGGGCCAGGACUAUUUUAUUUUAAAAAUCAUUUCUAAUCGUUGAUCAAUCAUGAAACUUGCACUUCUGUGGUUAACCUUCAAAGAGCAGACUGUGCCUUUAAGGCCAGGCCAUCAUACUGUUCAGUUUGUUUGGACCCAGCCAAACCCUUUAAUCACCCUGAUUGAUGAGGUGCAUUUCCCUGACUCAAACCCUCUCCAAAUAACCGUUCUAUUCGCCCAUACAUCAGCCAUUCAGAUCAUUAAUCAAGCCUCUGAUUGUUUUAAGAUAUACCUGACCGGUAAAAUAUCCAUUUCUCUGCAGGAUCCUACUUCCUAGUCUGCUCUGCAGCCACAGAAAACAAACUACUGUCACUGUUGAGCUAACUGCUAUUGAAUAUAGAAAACUUUAU